CUAUGGUUUCCACCGAGAUGAUCACGUUACGGCAAUCGCAUACACAUUAUUUUUAUGUUAUCUCUAUCGCCGUCGUUACACUCUGCCUGUCUGUAUUCUUCUCUCUUAUUGUCCACCGAAAUUUCUACACUCACCGUCGAAAAUGGCAACACCACCACCAGUAGAGAAACCGGUUAUGGUGGUGGGAAUCGACGACAGUGAACGGAGCAUCUACGCACUCGAAUGGAUUCUCGAUCACUUCUUCACUCCUAACGCUCCAAACUUUCUCUUCAACCUCUUCAUCGUUCACGCUAAACCUUCUCCUACUUCUGCUAUCGGAUUCGCUGGUCCUGGGGCUGCUGAGGUUUUGCCCUACGUCGAAGCUGAUCUGAAGAAGAUUGCUGCCAGGGUUAUAGAAAAAGCUAAGGAGAUCUGUCUCAGUAAGUCGGUGACUGGUGUGGUAUUGGAAGUUAUGGAAGGUGAUGCUAGGAAUGUUCUCUGUGAGGCUGUGGAGAAACACCAUGCUUCCAUAUUGGUUGUGGGUAAUCAUGGUUAUGGGGCUAUAAAAAGGGCUUUUUUGGGAAGUGUAAGCGACUAUUGUGCUCAUCAUGCUCACUGCAGUGUGAUGAUUGUGAAGAAGCCUAAGAUAAAAAACUGAGCUAUGGCCGAUUUGCUUUGAUUAAGUAAACAAAUAUAGUUUUCCCGCAAGAACUAUCAUUGUGUAUCUGAUCAAGUGCUUUGAAUUGUGGGAGUGUUAAAACUAAACUAUCUUGUGAGCUUGUUAAACUGUAAUAAUCUGUAUCUCUGUUUAUCUAAAAUAUUGAAUAAAAAUAAUUUUAGUUCUCAGUUCAUGAUUUUAC